CAAAAUUUGAUGGUCGUCAAAAUUGAGAAGUUUCUAAAUUUACGUGAAUCAAAAAUGUCCGACUCCCGUUCGUCCAGCUGUUCCGAAAAUGAACCGAUCCAUGGUAUCAUCAGCAAGCUUGACAACCUGGAGAACACCAUCAGUAACCUGGAGCUGGAUGUCCGAAAUGAGCUCAACACCCAGCGCCUGCUGAACCGCUGCCAGCUCGCGAUGGCCACCAAGUGCGAGGACACCCCGCGCGACCCCUCCCUGGUGGAAUACCUCAACCAAACCGGCGGCUACGGCAGCAUCAAGUCCGCCGGAACCGGCUCGUACUGCUCGACCUCCCCAUACGGCGACUGUAACUGCCGCUGCAACCAGGCGCUCGCCAUCUACCUGGACCAGCUGCGCCAGGCCCGGCUCGAGGAGGAGGAGCUGCUGCGGAAGCUCAAGAUGACGGAGAUGAAGGCGCAGCUCUAUCGGGGCAAGCUGAUGGAUGCGAGUGCCGUGGUUGAGCGCCAGAAGCAGGAGAUUCUCGACAUGAAGCAGAACGACGAGCAGGUCACGCAAAAAAUCAACGCCGCACUGGAGCAGGAGAACCAAACGCUGAUGGACGAAAUCAGUCGGUUGAAGCGACUGCCGGAAGAGCUGUGGGAGCGGGAACGUUCGCUGAAGGCCGCCAACAAGGAGCUGCAGGAGACAAAGCUGACGCUCAAGUCUCUGUUGUUGAACAUUGAGUCGGGGUUGGAGGCGUGCGAGGACAUUUCCGGCGAGCUGCAGCAGGAGCGGAGGCGGGCCUUCGACACAAUGACCGAGAUUGACGAGGAGAAGCGGAAAGUCAUGAACUGGGUUGCCAAAUACAGCGAGCUGAAGGAGCAGUAUGAAACGGCCAAACAGCAGCAGGAAUCGGUGUCCAAGCUGAGCCGGGAGCUGCAGGACAAGAGUCGCCAGCUGGAGCAGAUUACCCGGGAGUACAGCGUACUGAAGGAGGAGAGCGUCGCAUACAUAUCGAAGGUUGAGGCUCAGAGCGAACGCCAGCGAGCGGAGUUUAACGAGCAAUAUCUGGAGAUGGAGUGCGAGAAUCUACGGCUGAAGGUGGCGUUGGAGGAGCAGAGUUCAAAGACUUCGGAUGCAACGCACAAGAUGCAACAAGAGCUGGUAAAUCUGGAGCAGAAGUUUACCGAAGCUCACGAGGAGGUCCGGAUGUUGAAGCAGUACAACGAAGCUGCGGCGGCAGCCGCGGAGUUGGGAUCUCGCAAGAAGGACAAUGCCGAGGUGGACGAAACCUGGCUCGAACGGCAGUCCAUAAACUGUAGCUACUGCGUCGGCGAGGACUCCACGAAGGAGUCCGGAACCGCAAGUGGCACCAGUUCGUUGGAGAAAGAUGCGUCAUCGAAGGGAACUGCCGACGAAGGUUCCAACUGUAAAUGUGACGAAGGGGACAACAGUCUGACUAUCACUUCCAAGUAA